AUGGCACUGAGUUUUAUUCCAAAUCCAGUAGAGCUAUUGGACGGUGGGAGCACAAAGCCUCCAGUCACAGGUUCAACUCCUUCAGGCCCCCUUGGAUCCGAUACUCCAAAACUUCCACUUCUCCUGAGGUUUCCAGUGGAUGGUGAAGAACACGUACACAUCAUGAAGAGGAUCCGAUCUAAAUAUCGUCAGUUUGGCAUCAUGCUCCUUGAAGAUGACACAGGAGAAGAGACCGAUAUUAUCAUUACCAGAUGCAGGGAUAAUAAAAUUGAGAACAUAAACACAGAAAUAGCCAUGAAGUGGCUGCAAGGAGUAGGGAGAUCUCCAUGUACCUGGGAUACUCUAGUCACUGUCCUGGAAUAUAUUGAACUGAAAGGACUCGCCUUCAAGAUUAGAAGUAAACUGCAAUAA